AUGCUGCUCCUGGUGCUGGUGCUGUAUGUAAACAGCGUAAAGGCAGAAGAGCCUGUUUGCAGCCUGUAUGACACUGUAGAUGCACCUUUCUUAUCUAAGGAUGGAGACAUAAUGAUAGCAGGAAUUUUCAACAUUCACAGCAAUGAGAAUACAGUGGCUAGUUUUAAAUCUAAACCCAAACAAGCAGAAUGCAAAGAUUUCAAUGAAAGAGAGUACCAGAGUGUUAAAACUAUGAUUUUUGCCAUAGAAGAAAUCAAUAAUAAUAGCAAACUGCUUCCUAAUAUCUCAUUGGGAUACAAGAUAUAUGAUGCUUGUUCAUCUGUGCAAUUGUCUAUUAAAAAAACGCUGGCAGCAUUAAAUGAUCCCAGAAGCAGAACAUUUAGUAACCUGCCUUGCAGCAGGGCUCCUGCUCCUGUCCUAGCGGUUAUUGGGAUGUCUUCUACAACCUACACACAAGCUGUGGCUUCAGUUACAAAUGCUUUUCAAAUACCACAAGUAAAUUAUUUUUCUGCCUGUGCUUGCCUAAGUGACAGAACAAAAUACUCAACAUUAUUUCGAACAGUUCCAAGUGAUUACUACCAAAGCAGAGCCCUGGCACAGCUUGUAAAACAUUUUGGAUGGAACUGGGUUGGGACAGUUAGGACUGACAAUGAUUAUGGCAAUGAUGGAAUUGCUAGCUUUGCACAAGCUGCUCAAGAAGAAGGCAUUUGUAUAGAAUAUUCAGCUGUCAUUUCAACUGUCAUGACACGACAAAAGUAUAUCAAAGUCAUCCGUCUGAUUAAAGAAUCUUCUGCAAAAGUUGUUGUUGCUUAUCUAAAUGCAGUAGCAAUGAAAACAUUUAUUGAGGAGCUAGCCCUUGAAAAUGCUACUGGCAUUCAGUGGGUAGGACCCCUCAGCUGGAUAACAAAGAGACUUCCAGCAAAAGAGGAAUAUUACAAAAUUAUGGGUGGAACAAUUGGAAUGGCUUUACCCAAUGCUGUAAUCCCUGGUUUACGGGACUAUUUAUUGAAUAUACACCCCUUCUGGAAUCUUGAAGAUUCUUAUUUAAAAGAACUUUGGGAAGUUAUCUUUAAUUGUAGUUUGAAUUCAAAGGAUGUCACAAAAAGUAAAUGCACAGGGGCUGAAAAUCUGAGAGAUAUAAAAACAGAAUACAAUGAUGAAGGUGAAUUUCGAGUUCCCAGCUGUGUAUACAAGGCAUUGUAUGCUGUAGCACAUGCUCUCCACAAUGUGUACAACUGCAAGGAUGGUCAGGGUCCUUUUAUAAAUAAGACGUGUGCAGACAAGAUGAGAGUUGAGCCGUGGCAGGUAUUACACUAUCUUAAAAAUGUUAACUUUACCACAGUCUAUGGAGACAAUGUUUAUUUUGAUGCAUAUGGUGAUCCAGAACCAAAGUACGAAGUGGUAAAUUGGCAACUUGGUGAAGAGAGACUCAUAAAAUUUGUAACAGUUGGUUUCUAUGAUCCAUCUUUACCAGAUGGAAGAAGAAUUCAGAUGAAUAAUGUCAGUAUUGUCUGGGCAGGAGGUCACAAUGAGUUCCCCGAUUCUGAGAUUGUUUAUGAAAGUCAAAGGGCAGAGGAGCCUACCUGCCGUCUGCUAGCAAGCCCAGCAAUGCCUGUUUUCACAAAGGAAGGAGACAUUAUAAUCGGAGGGAUAUUUGUUUUUCAUGGUCUUGAAAACACCAAGAAUGCAUUUAAAGAUGUUCCUGUACUACCUAAGUGUAAAGGUUUAAAUUUUAGGGAAUUCCAGUUUGCUAAAGCUAUGAUCUUUGCCAUAGAAGAAAUUAACAACAGUUCAGAUAUACUACCAGGAGUUUCUGUUGGCUACAGAAUAUAUGAUGCUUGUACUUCAAUUCAUCUGGGUAUAAGAGCUGCAAUGGCUUUAAUGAACGCUCCUGAUGAAGACAUGUUCUCUGACAAUUCUUGCAAGAAAUCCUCAAAUGUUCACGCUAUCAUAGGGAUGUCAGGUUCUUCACACACCAUUGGAGUUGCCAGAGUAAUUCGGUCCUUUCACAUACCACUGAUAAGCUAUGUUGCGACCUGUGCUUGUCUUAGUAACAAACAGGAGUAUCCAACUUUCUUCAGGACAAUACCAAGUGACUAUUACCAAAGCCGAGCCCUAGCCCAGCUUGUGAAGCACUUUGGGUGGACUUGGAUUGGGACAGUAAGAAGUGACAAUGAUUAUGGUAACCUAGGAAUGGCUACCUUUAUACAAGCUGUUCAGCAGGAAGGGAUAUGUAUUGAAUAUACAGAGACUGUGUAUAUUAGUUACCCAAGAGAAAAAAUUAUAAAAACUGCACAUGUUAUAAAACAAUCAUCUUCUAAAGUGAUUGUAGCUUUUCUCUCUUUAUUGGAUAUGGACAUACUAUUGAAAGAACUGAUUUUGCAGAAUGUUACAGGUUUACAAUGGAUUGGAAGUGAAGGGUGGAUUUCAGCAAGAAUAUUUGCAACUGAAGAGGUCUAUCAAAUUCUUGGUGGUGCAAUUGGGUUUGCCAUUACAGACUCUUUAAUACCUGGAUUAAAAGACUAUAUGCUAAAUGUACAUCCAUCUGACACUCCUGGCAAUGCUUUGAUGAAUGAGUUUUGGGAAACUAUUUUCAGCUGCUCAAUGAAUUCAAAUACCAAUGCAUCAAAAUGUACGGGUUUGGAAAAUUUAAGAGAAAUGAAAAAUGAGUAUACUGAUGUCACCGAACUAAGAAUUCCUAGUAAUGUUUAUAAGGCUGCAUAUGCUGUAGCAUAUUCAUUGCAUAGUCUUUUGAAAUGCAAACAGGAGCAAGUAGCCGUAGGCAACAAAACCUGUGAAAAUGAAUUACCAGUAGAGCCAUGGCAGGUGGUUCAGCACUUAAAAAAUGUUAAUUUCACAACCAUCUAUGGAGAAAAUAUUUAUUUUGAUAGAAAUGGUGAUCCAGCAGCAAAAUAUGAAUUAGUGAACUGGCAAAUGAAUAAUCUGGGGACCGUAAAAUUUGUUAAAAUUGGUAUUUAUGAUGCAUCUUUACCUGAUGGGCACCAGUUUAUAAUGAAUAAUAUUGGCAUUGUGUGGGCAGGAAACAGGACAUGGAUUCCCAGAUCAGUCUGCAGUGAUGACUGCCUGCCAGGCACACGAAAAGCUGUUCAAAAGGGGAAACCCAUUUGCUGUUUUGACUGUGUUCCAUGUGCUGAAGGAGAAUUUAGCAACGCAACAAAUUCCAUUGAUUGUAUGAGCUGUCCAUUGGAUUACAAUUCAAAUGAACAGAAAGAUCAUUGUGUAUUAAAAGUAAUAGAAUUUUUGUCAUUUGGUGAAAUCAUGGGUAUAAUUCUGGUCACAUGCUCCCUAUUUGGUGUCACACUCACUGCACUUGUAGCCUCUAUUUUUUUCUAUUACAAGGAAACCCCUGUUGUUAAAGCUAACAACUCGGAACUAAGUUUUCUUCUUCUGCUUUCAUUAAUGCUGUGCUUCAGUUGCUCCCUCACUUUCAUUGGUGAGCCCUCUGAAUGGUCCUGCACCAUUCGUCACACAACCUUUGGCAUCACUUUUGUUCUUUGUAUUUCUUGUAUUCUGGCAAAAACCAUUGUAGUACUAAUGGCUUUCAGGGCAACACUUCCAGGAAAUAACAUUAUGAAAUGGUUUGGGCCAACUCAACAGCGGUUAAGUGUUUUAGCCUUUACCCUCAUCCAGGUGUUGAUCUGUGCAUUAUGGCUGAUAAUUUCGCCACCAUUUCCACACAAAAAUAUGGUGUUAUACAAAGAGAAAAUUAUUUUUGAAUGUGAUUUGGGCUCACCUACAGCCUUUUAUGCAGUUUUAGGAUAUAUUGGCUUUCUCUCUGCCAUGUGUUUUAUUUUGGCAUUUUUGGCUCGGAAAUUACCUGACAACUUUAAUGAAGCAAAAUUCAUCACUUUUAGUAUGCUUUUGUUUUGUGCUGUCUGGAUCUCUUUUAUCCCAGCAUACAUCAGUUCCCCAGGAAAGUAUACUGUGGCAGUAGAAAUCUUUGCUAUUUUAACUUCAAGCUUUGGUUUGCUACUCUGUAUUUUUGCUCCAAAAUGCUAUAUAAUUCUUUUAAAACCAGAAGAAAACACAAAGAAACACUUAAUGGGUAAGGCAUUGACAAAUUAG